GUCCUGUUUCAAAGACAUGUAUAAAGGUCGACAAGGCUAACCCAGCUACCUUUAUUCCAACGCUAUAGCUGUGUUCUCUAUAUAAGAAGGAAUAUUUCGUGCAGACUCCGCGGCAAAUUGUGCGUGUAUAUCCCGAAUAUAUGAACAUUUCCAAAAUGGCGGGCCCAACACCAAGUCAGCAGGCCCGUGUUAUGAUGUGGUGUACGCCUAGGUCAAUCUCAUCGGUCUUCUGCAAAUGCGUGAGCUUCGUUCCCGACAUCGAUAUCUUCUUCGACACAUACUACUUCGCUUUCGAGGCAGAAAUCGACCUGCUGACCGUAGGCAAGGUGGUCGAUCACGAUGCCGAUAACCUGGACGAGGAGGAUUGGAAAAAGGCAGCGGUGAUGAUCUGCGAGGAGGAAUAUGACGACCGAGUCAAACUCGACAUGCUCAAGUACCCGGUGGUCAAAUCAAUGCUCGAUAAGCCAGAACCUACCAAAAAGGUCAUCUUUUACAAGGGCGUGUCCCAAUCCAUGGACAGUAAGCACUUCCGGUUCCUCCCAGACAAAUCCAGCAAUUACAAGCACUCCUUCCUACUCCGUCACCCAGCAAAGGUCUACAGCUCCUGGAAGAAAGUCAUCUAUGCCGUUCUCAAAGACGUCGGGGAUGGUACUGGGAAGAAAAUCACGAAAAGUCUACAAGAUUUCGACCUGAGAUGCGAUGUGCCGGAGAAGUAUAAUCUGACUGAUCUGCUGUACAAAGAGCUUCACGAUCUUUGGGUCCACGUCCGGGAAAACCUUGAUCCAUCUCCGGUUGUCAUGGAGAGUGAUGAUUUGCUUGCUGACCCGGCUGGGAUGCUUUCCAAAUACUGCAAGGCAGUCGGGAUACCGUACAACGAUAGUCUUCUCUCCUGGGAUGCGAAUCCAGAUAUCACGGAUAUCUGGAAGUGUGCUUUCAUGCCGGUCAAGGAUUUCGAGUUCAUCCGCAUCUUCUGCCAUAACGCCUUCCAUACUUCUCACUUCCUGCCUCCUCCUCCUAUUCCUUCUAUGGAUGAUCUUCCUGAUGACGUCAGAGCGUCGGUGGAGACAUCUAUGCCGUAUUACAACGCGAUGUACCAGACAAGACUGCUUCCUUAGCUCCAUUCCCAGAAGAUUAUCCUUUUUUAGUCUGACAGAGUAGAAAGAAAGCUGCGAAAAACACGAAAGUGAUUACAACUUUGUAAUAUCAAUUUAUUGCCCUCUAUACUUUGUAGUGACUUUUGAAACAUAGUAAAGAAGUCGAUGGUCGCGGUCAUGCUCAUGUCACCUUUCCUGUGUAGCUCUACAGAGAGGUUUUUCGUUUAUGAACAGUGAAAUGUUAUCUCGUGAGGUAGCAAAGUAGCAAGAGAGGGCUUCAGUUGACCAAAGGUUCAUAAAGCCAAAGUGGACCGAUGCCUUGGGUCUCUUUCAUCAACGAUCGGAAUGUCCGAGAGGGGGAAGUUCCGCGAGAACGACACGUCCGUUACGAUUCAAGUUUCAAGUUUAUUUGUUCCACAUUUUACACAAAAAUAUAGACAGACAUAAAACAUAGAGAGUUUAUAUACAUGUAGUAUGAGCGCGUCUCAAUGAUACUCAAUUAUAGAUUAAUUAGAAUGUUAGGAGCCUGUUGAAAAGCAGUGCUUGUACAUGUAUUGUAUUGUAUUUAUUAAACUUCAUUUAUGUACAUCAAUAUUCUGU